ACCAUCUUUCUCUUUCUGUCAAUGAGCGAACCAACCAAGCGGUGAUUUCACGCACUACGUCACAUGCACGAGAUUUGAUUUUGUAAACAACGUAAACAAACACAAAAUUCAGAGAAAAAUUAUUGAAGGCUCAUUUUCAUCAUGAGCCGUCACGUUCGCAGCUUGUACCAGACACCCAGAUACCGGAAGGAAUGGGAGGAGCUGCCGCAUUUCCAACCGUGGCUGUCCAGGGGCCCUGAACUGGACACCAACCAGCGAUCUGGACCGACUACAAAGGCCUACUGCACGUUUUGCGAGGACGUCAUCGAGCCGCUGUACGAUACGCUUAUCAAACACGCCGAGUCCAAGGCGCACCAACUUGUGGCAAAGGUUCGCACGUCCACCGUCCGAAACAAUGACGUCCUGCAGGCCACGGUUGAGGAGUAUCUUAGACUUAGGAGGGACUGCGCUGUCAUAUCCUCACAGAUAACAGACUCGAUGACCGGACUGCCCGCGGAAGGCGUCGAGGUGAAGCUGUACAAACUGAAUGAAGGCGAGUGCUUGGAAAUGAUGUCAAGUGGCCUGACGGACCAGGAUGGCUACCUGGACAGUCUAAUCUUCCACACAACGCAGCUUCCGGUUGGCCUCUUCAGAUUCGAGUACCUGAUCCAGGACUACUAUUUCCGCGGUCGCCGCCUCAAGACCACCUACCCAUUGGUGCAGCCCAGCUUCGAAAUCAAGCCAAAUAUGAGCCAGUACCACUUCAGGGUGGUCAUCGCGCCACACUACCACAGCGUUUAUCUCGAAACGGAGAAGGCGAAACAGCAACUCGAAGAGAUUACGGACAACAGUGCGGAUGGUGAAGUGUUUCUCUUUGGAUGAAAUGAUUGAUUUUUGACUCAUGAGUGAGACAAUUGUCUAGCAUUUAAUUUUUUUAAAGCCUUUGAGCUCUCACUACAUUUGUAAUAAAUUUGAUGUAUUUGCAAAGGGGAAUAUGUAUAUGAUAUUUUUUACUUUAAUUCAGGAUCCUUUCUGGCCACGCUUUGCAGCCAAACACCGUUUAAAAUCAUGUAAAACACUUGUGCAUAAAACAAAAAACAAUUGACAUGAUGCGAAAAAACGGUCCUCAUUUUUUCAGAGCGUUGAAUUUUUAAUGUACAUUAUUCGGGUGAUUUUCGAUAAAAUUGAAAUUUUAAAUUUUGAAACCGUGGUUCUAGAAAUUGAAAUAAUUUAAAUUAUUGUUGAUAUAUAUGUAUUGUUUUUCCCCUAGUGAUAUGUUUUAAACAUUAAAUUAGUUUAAAAUCACAA